GGUCAUUUGUACCAGUUCUUUCGCGUCUAUUUGGUACGCAAACAGUAAAAGCAAAAAAAAAAAACAAUUUUUACUAUUUUUCUACGUUUUAUAAAUGAAUACAAAACAAUAAAUAAUGCUCUAAAGCAUAGUUUUAACUGAAUUAAUAACAAAACGCGUGCUUGGUGCACACUUGCCUGGCCCGCGAAAAAUCCAAUCAGAAAACGAAAAGGCCAGCACCAGCACAAAAUGGAAAGGCACUAACCAACACAACAACAAGAGCAGCAGCAACAACAACAGCAGAAACCACAACCAGGCCAGCCAGCAUGUCGUGGCAUUUGUGAGCAGCGCGCCAAAAACUUGUCACGAAGUUUCUUGUCAUAGACGUACGCGUCCGCUCCUAGAGCCACGCUCCCACUCGCCCCCCACACUUACACGCACACACACACACACACAGUCAUUCUCCUACACACAUACACCCGCCCAGUGCUCACGUCCAGUCCUUAAGUGCUUAGGCAGCUUAUGAUGCAUAUCAAGAGCCUGCCACACGCACAUCAGGCCGCUGCGGCAAUGAGCAAUUGCGACAUUGUCAUUGUUGCCGCGCAACCGCAGACCACCAGCGCCAACAACAAUAACAAUGACACUGUUACACAGGCAAGCCAUGCCAGCCAUGCGGCAGCUGUGGCGCAUGCACAGCAUCAGCAACAGCAGCAGCAGCAACAACAACAACAACAGCAGCAGCAGCAACAACAACAACAACAGCAGCAGCAGCAGCAACAACAACAACAACAACAGCAGCAACAACAACAACAACAGCAACACAAUCAACAGCAACAACAGCCGCCCGCGCCUACAGAAAUCGCCCUACCCUUUAACAUGCAUUUGAGCGGAAUUUCAGCGGAGGCACACAGCGCUGCCCAGGCGGCCGCAAUGGCAGCUGCGCAGGCCGCGGCAGCGCAAGCCGCCGCCGCGGAUCAACAGCCAACAGCACCUCCCGCGCCGCCAUCGGCACACACGCUGGCUCACCUGGUGGCCAAUGCUACGCAUAGUCCGACGCUUGGCGAGUCGCACUAUGUUAGCAACGGUCACUCCAACAACGAGCAUUCGGGCGAGGGUAAUGGCUCGAGCGGUAGCGGCGGCCGGGAGCCGGAGAAACCAUUUCAUUGCACAGUGUGCGAUCGACGAUUUCGCCAGUUGAGCACAUUGACCAACCAUGUGAAGAUCCAUACUGGCGAGAAGCCCUACAAAUGCAACGUUUGUGAUAAGACGUUCCGUCAAUCGUCAACGCUGACGAAUCAUUUGAAAAUUCAUACCGGCGAAAAACCAUACAAUUGCAACUAUUGUCCCAAGCAUUUCCGUCAGCUGAGCACUCUGGCCAAUCAUGUCAAGAUUCAUACGGGUGAAAAGCCGUUCGAGUGCGUCAUAUGCAAGAAACAAUUCCGCCAAUCCAGCACGCUCAACAAUCACAUAAAGAUCCAUGUUAUGGACAAGGUCUACGUUCCUGUCAAGAUCAAAACGGAGGAGGACGAGGGGUGACUAGGACGCAUGGCGUUGGCGCAACAUCAUCAUCUCCAUCACCAGCAGCAACAGCAGCAGCAACAACAACAUCAUCAACAGUCGUCAACGCCAACGCAGCAGCAACAACAACAGCAGCAACAACAACAGCAGCAACAACAACAGCAACAGCAGCAACAACAACACCACAUCGAACACCAACGUGGAGUUACCAUUACGACGCUGCCGUCCACAACGACAGUGGCACAGCAUCAACAGCAGCAGCAAUCGCAUCUACAGCCCUCGCAUGGCAAUGGCAGCUCGCCGCAUCCUCAUUUCAAUGUAGCCGCCUUGGGUGAUUUGUCCAGCGCCAUGCAACUGGGCGCCGUGACAGCCGAUGGCAACUUUGUGACCAUGGGCGGCGUUGUGGUCGGACGCAUACAGCAUCCGCGAAGCGAGGAGCUGCAGCAUCUGGGCGUCAUUAAAGUGGAAUCGCCAACGAAUGGCAUUGCCGGCUCCACAGCUGCCGCACAACGCGAUGGAUGAGUCGAUAAGCCACUCCGCGAGCCCAGACUUAAGGAGACCGUUGACUCAAAUGAUAUCGCGUAUCUGGCGCCAGAGCAGCAGCAGCAGCGACUACGGCGGCGGCGCCGAUUUAACAAAAGAUAGACCGUAAUCGUUGCCGUUGUUGUUGCUGCUGCAUACGCUUACGUUGUUGUUAGUUGUUUAAUUGUAGCGAAACAUUGUUGUUGUUCUUGUUGUUGUUGUUGUUGUUGUUGUUAAGGUCUAGCUUACCAAGCUGAAUUAUCAGGCUUGCCCUUGGCGAUGUUCGCAUAUUUCAAGUUCAAAUACUAUGCAUCAAGCUGUUUCCGCAAUCUUGGAAAUCUUAGCUAUACUCAGAUGCAAUGCGAGUCGUAAAAACGUUGCAAUUGUAUUUAUCUGAAAGAACUUGAAAUCUGAUACGUAAACCAAACGAGCCUGAAUGCAAAACGCUUCAAUAGUAGCUAAAAGGAAAAGAAAAACCGUCGCCAACAGCAUCAUGGCCUAGAAAAGAUCAGAGAUUCACACUCAUUAACACACACACACACACGCAGAGUCGUCAAUAGCCACAAUUUACUUACGAAGCAAUAGGUUUAGAACAAGCUCCCCCUCAGCCUUCUACCCAUACACAUACUAACUAAUAACUGUAACAGUUAGCGCAAAAUCCUAAGUACUAAAAAACAAAUCAUUUGAUUAAGCAAAAAGUCAUUUCGUUUAAGUUGAAAGUUUGAAAGUGAAACAACACUAGAAAUGUUUUACAGAUUUGUUAUAUACUAUACGAGAAGAAAAAAACGGGCAAAAAUUAAUCAUUUUUCAAUUUCAAAUUGUUCUUUAGCAUUUAAAGUUUAAGAGAUUGUUGUAAAUUGUUUAGUGCGAGAAUUCUGCUGCAUUCGCUGAGACACUUGACAUAGUCAACGUUGCCCAUUGUUUUAAAUACUUAUAUAUAGCAUAUAAAACAAGAAACAAAAAAAAAAAAAAACAUUAACAAUUCUUAUUUCAAACCAAUUGUAAAUCAUUGUAAAAGAAAAUUGUUAACCAUUGUAAAUGCAGCCAUUUUAGUGAACACGCGCAAAGCAAGGCGGCUUUGUUAGGUUCAAAGUCUAUACAAAUUCAAUUUGUUUUUAACUAGCCUAAUUAUUUAAAUUUUGUUCUAAGCCCACAACCCCCCCUACACCCCUGUCCAGCCUUUUCCCUUUUCCUCUGGCUCCAAUCCAACGCACACACACACACACAUCUAAGCGAAAUUUUAAUUACCUUAAGUGGCAGGCAGAAGCAACCUAAUUAUAUAGUCUACAAUUAUAUAAACAUACUAUAAUUAGUUGAUCCUUAGUUUGUAAUUAAUGGCCGCGCGCGCUUUGUUGUGGCCCAUGAAAGUGAGUUUUGUUAAUUUUAAAAUCUAGUUUUUAGUCGUUAUAGUUUUAUAUUUUGCAAAUUGGCACAAUUUGAAACGAAGCAAUUACAAAAACAACAACAAAAAUACAAAAAAAAAAAAAAACAAAAAACGCUAGUUAAUGGAGUAAGCACACAAACUAUUACUAAUGCUAAUAUUAAUCAGAUAAUAUUGUGCGAUAGAAAGCAACAAGUUCUGUACAAAGCCCGACUCCAAUUUUGUAUGUAUAAAAAUGACAGCAGGAGAAAACAAGAAAUACGAAAAUACUAUUUUCUAAAAAUAUAAAA